AUGGAUACUUUGGUGAAUGACGGGAACACUUACAAAAAACUUAAGAACGAUCCAUCAAAGAAAUUACAACAUAACCUAAAUAAAAAACUUUGGCCGUUACAUUUAGCAAACAUUAUAAAGAAACCUUUGUACUCAAAACUUUGCUGUUCGGUUGCGCAAGCUCCAAAACUGUAUGGUUUGCCUAAAAUUCACAAGGAGAAUACACCUAUGAGACCAAUCGUGUCGUUUUGUUCAUCACCAACAUAUGAACUUUCAAAAUAUCUUGCACGCAUUUUGAAGCCUUUAAUAGAGCGCUCGGAACACCGCCUCGUGAAUUCCGCAGAUUUCAUGACGAAAAUUCAAGUGGAGACGAUCAGUGCCACUCAUGAACUGGUCACCUUUGAUGUUAAGUCUUUAUUCACAAGUAUUUCAUUAAAACUAGCAAUUGAGUGCAUGGAAGAGUCCUUAGCUAAUUAUGAUGAUGAACUUCCAAUCCGGAAGGAAGAGAGAUCAUAG